AACGGCGGCAAAGAUGAGGAUAAUAAAAUUAAGACUGGGAAUUCAGUUCCCUCCCACGGGGCCACGGGAUUACAGUAGGCUGCUACACAUCCCUGCGCGCAGUGACUUCCCUUUCCUCCUCCUGCUCUUUCUCUCUUUUACUCAUUCACUUCUACCCCUCGUGGCGAGCGAGCAACGACCUCCACAUUCACCCAUUGCUCAGGAUAAAGCGAGAGGAACAUGGCUUUCCACAAAAUUGCCUUUUUCGUGGGACUUUUUACCUUCCUCGCGACUUGGCAAGCGUGGGGAAAGGUGCAGGUGACCAUGCAGGACAGUGUGAAGGUGUACAGAGGACAGCGUGCCGAGAUCCCCUGUGCCUACACCGUCAGCAAGGAGCCCAGUGCUGUCGUCAUACAGUGGUUUGUGGCAGGUGAGAGCGGCAGUGGGAGGCAGCGUGUCUACUACGGCGACGAUGCGAGGAGCAUCGUGGAGCAAGGCACGGACCUGGCGGAGCGGAUCAGAGUCACCCGCUCCGCCAGUGGCUCGGUGCUGCUGGCCAUCCAAGACGUGCAUCUCACAGAUGAAUGCGAGUUCAUCUGCCAGGUCAACGGGAGGUCUGCCGGCAGCCAGGAGGCCAGGACGCAGCUCAGGGUUUUCGCUGCUCCUGAGACCCCAGUCAUUGAGGCAGUCUACUCUGGAAUCUCUGUGACCAGUGAGGACCCCUCUAAGAUAGCAUCCUGUGAGGCCAGGAAUGGCUAUCCCAUACCCAGGAUCACUUGGUACCGUGACCGCACUCCUCUGAGGCCAGUGGAUGGCCAGGUGAGAGUGGAGACACAGCAGACGCAGGAGUCUAGUGGAUUGCUGACGGUAAAGAGCGAGCUGUUUCUGAAGGUUAACAAGGAGGACAAAGAUGCAGAGUUCUACUGCGAGGCCAGCUACGACAGCCCCGAUGGCAUGAGGAUGUCUGAGUCCAGAGUCUUCAACAUCACCGUGCACUACCCCACGACCGCGGUGGAGCUGAGGCAGGAGUCUCCCACAGGCCUGGUGAAAGAGGGAGACCUAGUACUGCUCCGCUGCAGUGCCAAUGGAAACCCAGCCCCGCCCUUCACUUUCCACAGGAUCAGACAGGAGGAGGGGGAGGAGGUGGAGGAGGACCUCUCCAGUGAGCUGGACCUGCUGGUGCUGAGGGAUGUAUCCCGGGCAGACACCGGCGUCUACAGGUGUCGUUCCCUGGACCUGGACAGCUACACUGACUACGCUGACUACGUGGAUGUGAAGAAGGACAUGAGUCUCCAUGUGCACUAUCUGGAUCCCCCAAAGGUGGUCCCCAAAGCGCAGGUGCUGGAGGAGGGGGAGAGCCUGAUGGCCACCUGCAACGCCCUGUCCUCUCUGGACACCCACACCGUGUGGCUGAAGGACGGGCAGCAGGUUGAUGAGGGCCACCGGCUGGAGCUGCAGGAUGUCUCCUUCAACACCUCUGGGGAGUAUGUCUGCCAGGUGACGGUGCCCUCUCUUCCCGGGCUGCAGAGCACGGCUUCUCUCCACAUCAGUGUCCGCGGACCCCCAAAGAUAAGCGAGCCGGAGAGCACAGCCCUGGAGGAGAGUGUGGAGAAAUGGAUUAACCUGAGCUGUGAAGCCUGGGGCUUCCCCAAACCCAGCCUCACCUGGAGCAGCACCGGCGCCCAGAACUGGCAUGAGGUGUCACAUCGAGAGACUGACAAUCUCGUCCAGAGCGUGGUGUCCUUCACGGUGACCUCUGACCUUACAGCCUCCUGCAAUGCCACCAAUGACUUUGGCACAGACACAAAGUUCUUCAGCAUCAGAGCCAUUCCUUUGACCACCACCUCAAGCACCAAAGUGACAGUAACUGUACCCCCACCGAAGAGAGUUCAGAAAGAGGGCAGUGGCGUGAUCAUCGCUGUCAUCAUCAUUUGCAUUCUCCUAUUGGCCAUCCUUGGCAGUGUGCUCUAUUUCCUGUACAAGAAAGGCAAACUUCCCUGUGGCCGCUCAGGCAAACAGGACAUCAGUAAAGAGAAGGUCAGUAAAGACGACAUUGUGGAAAUGAUGAGUGAUAAAACAGAGGAAGCCGUCCUUCUGCAAGGUGUGAACGGGGAGAAGAAGCCGCCUGCCGAUCAGGGAGAGGCGUAUCUGGAUGUACAGAAGUGAGGAAGAUGAGGGCUUUUCCCAGCAGCACCUGACUGACCCUCACGCUGUGCUCAGCUGGACCUUCCAAAGACCCUACAGCCGCUCGUUCCCAGGAUAAGACUGACUGCUUCUUUCUGUGCAGUAUUCACACACCUGGUCCAAACUCCAUUUGCACACAUAUGCAACAGCAGGACUCCUAUGCUUUUUGUCAUCAUUUACCCUAAAUGCCAUGUCAGGCAUCCAGUGAAAAUGAUUCUUUAUACAGUGUACAUAUUAUAUAUAUAUUUAGAUAUUUAAAAUAACCACCAAGAAAAGCCUUUAAAAACAUGAAUGCUUAACCCGUGGUUACUGUAUAGCAGAAAAUCUCUAUAAACUCAGUUUAAACUCACUGGAGAAGCUGAUGAUGAACCCAAGCAGUGGGCGUGGCUGCGUCACUCUGCAUCCCUGAUGGCCUGGCCUUCCUUCAGCUCCAGCUCUACAAAGCAGGCCAGGUACAUGCCUUUUACACUCGCAAUCUGACCCUAACUACAGUCCCAAACACCUUUACACUUGCAAUCUGACCCUAACUACAGUCCCAAGCACCUUUACACUCUGUCUGACCCUAACUACAGUCCCAAACACCUUUACACUCUCAAUCUGACCCUAACUACAGUCCCAAACACCUUUACACUCUCAAUCUGACCCUAACUACAGUCCCAAACACCUUUACACUCACAAUCUGACCCUAACUACAGUCCCAAGCACCUUUACACUCUGUCUGACCCUAACUACAGUCCCAAACACCUUUACACUCUCAAUCUGACCCUAACUACAGUCCCAAACACCUUUACACUCUCAAUCUGACCCUAACUACAGUCCCAAACUCUUAAUUGGAUCAUAACUACUUUCACAAACAUCUUACACUGUCUCAGUUAGACAUACCACUCAAAUGUUGUCUGGAGAAAUCAAAUUUCUCUGAACAGUUGCUGCAGAAAGUGCUUCUUCACUGGAGAUGCUAACAUGAAGGGCAGCCCGCCGUGCUCAGCACGGUGUCCCUCUGCCAUCGUAUGUUCCAGUUAAUGCUGUCUCUGUUCUACUGCAGGCUGGCUGUAGGUUCACAUGAUACGUAUGCUCACUGUAUAGCUUUUGACCAGUAUUUACUCUUCAUAUAGCCCAUAGAAUAAUCAAAAUAUGUGUGAGUGACUGAGCUGUUGAGCAGGUUCCUUCUGUUUAUGUAUUAAUGGCCUCUUGGCAGCCUUAAGCACAGCACUGGCCUUCAGUGCUUCCAAAGGAGCCCCUGAGAGGGGCACGUCCCUGCUGGCAGUCUCCAGCAUGAGAUUCAGCUGGUGUGAGGUGGGAGGAGCAGUCUCAUCUGUGCGCUGUAGGAUCCCAACACACUGACACAUGUGGGAGUUUCCAGAUCAGAAAAUAUAUCAGACCAGUGAGUUUCUCCUCUCAGCUUCUGCAGCCCUGUAGACCACAGACACUCCUGCUCUACCACCAGCAUUAAAGUAGCUGAAUGAUGUGGUUAUGUGCCUGCCUGAGUCAGAAGCCUCCAAGGCGCUGCGGCCCUCCAGGACCAGGGUAGAGUAGCCCUGCAGGCACUGUGGCCCUCCAGGUCCAGUGUGGCUACAAAGGACAGUCAGAAAAUCCUUCAGCAUCCAAUCAGGGCCUGAGUGGGAGGGGCAGUUUCAUGAGCAUGCAGGGAACCAGUAGAUGUGCCAGAGGAGCCAGCAUGUCACUGAUUCUAAGCAACCAAUGAGAAUUGGUCUGUCAUAAACAACUGUUUGUAAAUAUCUGUUGCUCAGAAUGCAUCAUAGGAUACCUGCUUUGUUGGUAGACGUGAACUACAGCCUUCCUCUGUGAAAUAGCCAUAUUUUCUAUAUUGCAAAGAGAGGGAGGAAAUUUCACUUAUGUUCUUAUUGUUUUUGCUCACAUGACAGUGUGAUGCGCACUGAAAUAUUUGUUUUUUGUUUCUGUUCAGCUUGGGUUAUGAAUCUUGUUUGGUUUUACUACAAUGUGCUUGUUUUCUGUAUUAUGUUUAGCUGCUUUGGCUAAUAACCAAACAUUGCUCUGCAAGAAAUAAUUUUCUGAUAGGAAAAUAUUUGAUACCAAGGUUUUCUUGGCCUUGGUUAUGAGCUAAAUAUUGACAAAUGAAUCAAUUAAAUCAGCCAACCAAUCAAUCACUGAGAC